AUGAGCGAUCAUCCAGCACCUUCGCCCCGACGGGCCUCGGUAUCCUCUCCUUCCCACCAGCAGUCCAUUCCAUUGUGCGAUCUACGACCGGUUUCGGAGGAGCAAGAGGGCGGCGGUGGGAGGACUAGCGUAACCAAUAAUAACGUCCGCGACUCGGGAGCCGGACUUCACAUGGCCUCGCCUUCGGCUGCUCCCAUGUCCGCCAACCUUCCCGGCUUCUCGACGUACUGGGAACAUCCAUUUCCGCCCGGCCACGACGACCGAAGCGCCGCUGAUUCGCUCAAGGACCACAUGGCGCUUCAGUUCGCCUUGCCUCCGAAUAUUCCUGGCCAUGGUCAUGAACCGCUCUCUUCAGCUUCCUAUAUGCCUGCCGCCAAUGACCCCUACAGUGUGCCGCACCCCUAUUACGAGGAGCGUACUGAUACGGACUCUGUGGAGUCGGAUAGAGUCCCUCUGAAGCCCGCAGCCCAGCCCAUCGGUCGAUUGGACGCGCCAGAAGGAGAGGCUGUACCAAGAGAUAGUUUCCAGACCGUCUCUGAUCUUGGCAGUGGCUCCUCGCGACCCCGCAACACCAUGCUUGGUUUUGAUCUGGAAAACAACUUUACCGCGGACCGUUACCGGAGUUAUGGAGAUAGUCUGGUUCCUAGUGAUGGACGCCGCUCUCGGUCGCUAUCAACGAGUGGCGCUUUGUCAAGGGCAGGUUCCAUUAUGAGGGCCAUGUCUCAGCGUGUUGUCAUGAUCAGUGGAGAGGGUGAUUUGAUUGACCAGCAAACGCAACGAGACCGCUCACGCUCGCCCAGCAUGGAACGCCCGCGGACGGGCCACGCAUCGGGCCCCAUGCUGGUUGACACCUCCUAUCCGUCACAAAUCGAAGAAAACCCCACGGAAAAGCGACCUGAAUCGCAUCAUGUCUUUCCACAGCAGCACCCGGCCUUCAGGCCCCGGUCACGCAAUCCUAGGAACAAUCCGCUCAAGGGCAAGUCGUUGGGGAUAUUUUCCCCUGACAAUCCACUGCGCUUGUGGCUUUGCGAUUUGUUGGUCAACCCAUGGGCUGAGCCACUCAUUCUCAUCUUAAUCGUUCUUCAAGCCGUCCUACUAGCUGUUGAGGCUGCGCCAGAUGUGUUGGCUGAUGGAAACGGUCGGCCUGAGCGUUGGGGUAGCACCAGGAUAGACUGGGCCAUAUUUGUCCUGUUUGUCAUCUUUACUAUCGAACUCAUAGCAAGAAUCAUUGUGUCUGGCUUCAUCAUCAACGCCCCCGAAUACGAAGAAGCCAAGAACAAACGGCGCUUCCGUGAAAGGCUGGCCGAACAGUAUCGGGUUAUAUUCCGACCUCAGCGUCAGAGAUCGAAGGCCGCGCCGUUGCUCGUCCGAGUUUCCUUCUUGAUGGGUUUCUUCUGGCUUCUCUUUGCCAUCAUUGGCGUGCAGAGCUUUAAGUCAAGUCUGAGUCGUCAAUGUCUUUGGAUAGAUCCCGAUGAUCCCACCAACUUCCAAGCAGCUUAUACGCCGGAUAUGACCUUUUGUGGAGGGCAUAUUGACAACGUGACGGGUGAAACCAUGCCCUGGGUUUAUAGCCACGAAAAGGAAUCUCUAAUUGAUUUGAAGAACGGAACUUCGCGUGCCAAGGGCUUCAUCUGCCCGAGAGGCUCAAUAUGCAUCCGGCAAGAAAAUCCGUUUAAUGGAACGGUCAAUUUCGACGAUAUCGGCCAUUCUUUGGAGCUCGUGUUUGUCAUCAUGAGCGCCAACACCUGGUCGGACUUGAUGUAUCACACCAUCCGCUCAGAUUUCCUCCCGUCGGCCCUCUUCUAUGGUGCUGGCAUUCUUAUAAUGUUGCUCUGGAUGACCAACUUGUUGAUUGCCGUCAUCACGUCGUCGUUUCAGGUCAUCCGAGAAGAGUCCAAGGCUAGCGCUUUUACUGCGGAUGAACCUCCUGGCAUGACUUCAUCUCGAGUUGAUGAUACCAUGCGUAGGCCGACAUUGCUGCAAAGAAUAUAUAACAGGACAAAACCUUUGUGGAUCUUGAUCAUCGCUUUUGGACUUUUGGCCCAGUCUCUCCGCAGCGCCAGGAUGAAGUCAGACCGAGAGCGUUUCGUCAAUAUAGCAGAGCCUGUGGUCACUCUUCUGCUCGAUGUCGAAAUCAUCAUCCGCUUGGCUGCAGACAUUCGAGGUUUCCACCGUAGGAAACGGAACCUUGUCGACUUGGGGCUUGCUGUAGCCACCUCGAUCAUCCUCGUCCCUCCUAUACGGAAUUCUGGCCAAGUUUACAAUUGGCUUACCGCGUUCCAAAUCCUGCGAGUUUACCGUUUAGUCAUGGUUAUUCCCAUGACAAGGAAAUUAAUCCGGCUUGUGCUCGGAAACGUCACUGGUAUCGGUAAUCUAAUGUCGUUUGUCUUCCUCAUCACUUUCCUGAUGGCCAUCUUCGCAGCGCAAUUAUUCCGUGGCGAACUACCGAGAGAAGAUGAUGGUGGAGAGGAAAUUAGAAUCCCGUUCAACACCAUUUAUAAUUCCUUUCUGGGGAUGUAUCAAGUUAUGUCGACUGAGAACUGGACCGACAUCCUCUACAGCGUCACUGCCAGCACUCACCACCUGCACACUGCUUGGAUUGGCGCCAUUUUUCUCGUCGGCUGGUUCAUUCUCGCUUAUUUUAUCUUGAUCAACAUGUUCAUUGCCGUCAUCCAAGAAAAUUUUGAUGUUGGAGAGGAUGUCAAGCGUCUUGAACAGGUUAAGGCAUUCCUCCAGCGCAAGGAACUAGGACAUUCUUCUUCGAGCAACCUGGCAUUAUCCAAAGUUUUCAAUUUUGGCCGGUCAAGAAAACAGAGGGAUCCGCUCGACUAUGGCCCUGCUAUGAUGGAGAUGCUUCUGAAAGAGGCCGUGGUACACGACUUCCUUGACGACGAUAUGGACCCUCUUCAGCAAAGCUCUCCCGAUGGUCAGCCAACUUCCCAUCUGAAUAGUAGUGCAGCCAUGCAACAUGACGGUGUCACUCCCGGGGUACUCUCCUCUUUUUGGGGAAAACUCGUGUCAGUGUUUACUAGCCGUGAACCCAACCCUUUCUAUUCGAACGUCAAUUUGCAUGGGCUGGGUGAGAAUCUCGAUCCACGAACUAUGGCCGCCCAGGCGAUGAAUGCCACAAGACGCCGCCAGAGGCAACAGAGAGAGUAUCUGAUGCGCCACCCCAACUACAACAAUUCCCUGUUCAUUUUCAAACCCAGAAAUCCCAUACGACGUCUUUGUCAAAGUCUGGUCGGCCCUGGUCGGGGAACUGAGCGCUUCGAGGGGGCGGGGCCCAAUAAAUAUGCAUGGUACACCUUCUCGACUCUGAUUUAUGCAGCCAUCGUGAUCAUGGUGGUGCUGGCUUGCAUUACCACACCCUUGUACCAAAAGGAAUACUUCGAAAAGUAUGGCGAGAAUGCGUUUGACUGGUUCCGUUGGGUAGACACGGGGUUUGCCAUUGUCUUCACCCUUGAAGCUCUCAUCAAGGUUAUAGCAGACGGCUUUCUUUGGACACCAAAUGCAUACUUCCGCAGCACCUGGGGUGUGAUUGAUGCCAUUGUGCUCAUAACUCUUUGGAUCAACGUCAUCACUCUAUUCACCCGAAACGGAGCCGUGUCUAGAGCUGUGGGUGCCUUCAAAGCAUUAAGGGCCCUGCGUCUGCUCAACAUCAGCGAAAGUGCGAUGGACACUUUCCACUCGCUCCUCAUCGUGGGCGGGUGGAAGAUCUUGAGCGCUGCUUUCGUUUCUAUAUCCCUCCUUAUUCCCUUUGCUAUUUAUGGGGUCAACCUUUUCCACGGUAAACUGCUUGCAUGCAACGACAGCUCGGAGGGAAUAGUCAGCCUGGAUGACUGCUUUGGUGAAUGGAACAGCACCCCUUACAACAACGAUUGGCCCGUUCUUGCUCCGAGAUCAGUAGCGAACCCAUACUUCAGCUUUGACGAUUUUGGCUCGUCUCUCUUCAUUCUUUUCCAGAUUGUGAGCCAAGAGGGCUGGGUUGACGUGUCUUUUGCUCUUCAAGCCAUUACCGGUAGGGGUUUGCAGCCGCAGUCGGGGGCUCCCUACAGGGGCCAAGGAAACGCGUUGUUCUUGGUCGUCUUCAACCUAUUGGCGACAGUCUUUGUGUUGACGCUCUUUAUCUCUGUGUUCAUGAGAAACUAUACUGAACAAACAGGUGUUGCUUUCCUGACUGCCGAGCAAAGAUCCUGGCUCGAGCUGCGGAAGCUUCUCCGCCAAAUCUCGCCGUCCAAAAGCUCAUAUGACGAGAGUAAGAACAAGUGGAAGAUAUGGUGCCAUAAACGUGCCAUUGAGAAGCGAGGGAAAUGGUAUAUGGCCAUCACCAGCGUUCUGGUCUUGCAUCUUAUCCUCCUUCUCUCCGAAUUCUACAGCGAGCCAGAUUGGUGGACAAACACCAGGGACGCUUUGUUCUUACUCUUCACACUCAUCUACAUCGCCAACAUCGUGAUUCGGAUUGUGGGGCUUGGCUGGAGCCGCUUUCGCAAGAGUUCUUGGGACAUGUUCUCCCUCAUCACUGUUACUGGUGCAUUCGCCACGACGAUCCUUUUCAUGACGAACACGAAGCUGGACACGUACAUUCAAUUACACAAGUUCUUUCUGGUGGCGAUCGUCCUAAUGCUCAUUCCCCGCAAUGAUGCGCUUGAUCAACUGUUCAAGACAGCUGCCGCCAGUCUGACAACUAUCGGAAGCCUGUUGGCCACAUGGCUCGUUUUCUUCCUGGUGUUUGCGAUUGCACUUACACAGACAUUCAGUCUCACCCGUUUCGGAGAUAGCACUGAUUACUAUGUCAAUCUCCGUACGGUGCCGAAUGCCCUGAUCCUACUCUUCCGGUUCAGUUGCGGAGAGGGCUGGAAUCAGGUUAUGGAAGACUUUGCUAAGAUCAAACCGCCGCUUUGUGUGGAGAGCACCAAUUUCUCUGACAGCGAUUGCGGCAGCACCGCAUGGGCGCGUGCUCUUUUCAUCGCGUGGAACAUCAUCAGCAUGUACAUUUUUGUUAACUUGUUUGUUUCGCUGAUUUACGAAAGUUUUUCGUACGUAUACCAGCGGACAAGCGGACUUGCCAUGGUGGAUCGGGACGAGAUCCGGCGCUUCAAGGAAGCAUGGCGCAGUGUUGACCCUUCAGGGACUGGAUUUAUCAGCAAGGAGGCUUUCCCGCGCCUCUUGGGUGAACUGUCGGGCGUGUUCGAGAUGCGCAUUUAUGAAAGCCAUGAUUCGGUGCGCCAGAUCCUCGAAGAUGUUCGUGGUGAAGAUACGUCAAGCAUCAGACAUGCCUCGAUCAUUAGUACCACGCAGUUUCAAACUAGCUUGGAUCUCAAAAAGUUGAACGAACGGAUAUCACAAAUUGAUGUCGCUAAGGUGCGCGAACGCAGACGGCGGUUCAACAUCUUCUUUGAGGAGGUGAUGGUAUCUGCGGAUCCAGAAAGAGGCAUUUCCUUUACCACUGUUCUUAUGAUUCUGGCACAUUACAAGAUUAUCAACGACAGCAAGAGCUUACGUCUCGAGGAAUUCCUUCGUCGCCGCUCACGUCUUCAACGCGUUGAGGAGGAAAUACACCGUCGCGUCGUCCUCGGGUUCUUCGACAUGAUUUACUACUCUCGCAAGUUUCAGCGCCACAUGGAGCUCAAGCGGUCUGCUCGGCUCACGGCGAUUCCACAGCUGGGCGUACCUGAAAUCUACGUGGACAACGAUCAUGAAAAUCAAACAGACAAUGAACAGCAAAACAAAGACAGCAACAGCAAAAACAGUGCAAGAGCUAGCGGAAGCGGCAGCAGUACUGCUGCUGGUACGAAUUUUUUCGAAUCCACACCCACGAAUCCGUUCGGCUCUGGUUCCAGUACAGUCAAUCUCGGCGGUGGCGCAUCCUUCCUAUCAGCAGACGAUGCUCGCGCAGCUCAUCACCGCAGCUGGUCUGGGGCGAGCGCCGACCUUUCGUCGUUUGAUACUUCAUACGGCCAUCCACUCGCCGGCCCUCGCAUGAACAAGUCGUCCAACUCUGCGUCGCAUCGCAACACGCAUGCCUACAGCUUCGAAUUGCACGAUUCCUCAGGAAUUGGAGGAGGAAACGCCCCUUCGCCCGGUGGCUGGGGCGGCGGGUCAGGGACGAUGGAUAGCAUGGGAUUGGGUGGCGGAAGUGCUCUGGAUGAUAAUAAUGGCGGAAGAAGCCCCGGCGGCGAGGGUGCCAAGCGCGGAAGCUCCGUCAGUCCCUCGAAACUCAGCUCGAUGCUGGAUGAUUCCGUGUGGGUGGCCAGUAUCAGGAGGAGCGCGACGAUGAGACGGAGCCAGAAUGAUACGGAUUGGGGAGGAGGGUCAAGAACUUCCGGGGGAGGAUACUCGGGGGCUUACUAAAUCAAUUGGAGAUGCGACGAUGACGAGAACUUAUGGCGAAAUAAUCUUGUACUAUAAUCAUUUCAUUUGUGCAUACAUAUUGCGUUUUUGGUGUACAAGCUGAGGCGUCAUGUUGGUGUUUCCUCAUUCAGUGCAGCUGUUGUGGUUCUUCGCUUGGUCAAUCCCACCAGAUUCGCC